CAGACGCGGGGCAACUGUGACAAGCAGGGUUUUUUUCAGUGGCUAUAAAAGCUCAGUACAAGACCGCAUUCUGUUAUCUUGGCAGACUAAAACUUCCCCUAAUAACUCCCUCCUUGGUCGUAUACGGCUUGGCUGGUCGAGCGGCUGCAUGGACGGCGGUGUUACCGCGGUGGAUGUAGCCGAGGUCCACGUCGUCCACCUCAACGUUUGGAGUCUACUGCUUCAACAACAUGCGGAGCAACCUAAGGUUCGUGGUCAUCCUUGCCUGCGUCAUGCUGCUGUUAUGGAUCUCACUCAACACAUCAGUUUUCCUUCAAAACCAGAGACCCGACACAAUCCCGUGUAGACUUCCCAUCACACAUACACCCGAGUCCCACUCGAAGUCCGCCUGCACUGUGGUCACCCACGUCGCAUUUCUGAAGGUGCACAAGGCAGGCAGUUCCACGGUGGCGAACAUCAUACAGCGCUUUGGAAUCCAGAGAAACCUCUCUUUUGUUGUUCCCAAAAAACCGUUCCACGGGUUAAGCUACAACUACAUCGGCGGGGCUCGGGACACCGUCAGCAGAGACAAUGUCAUUCCGCCGCCGGCAGGCACAACGUACGACGUGUUGUGGAACCACGUCGUCUACAAUCGCAGUGCCUUCAAGAACGUCAUGCCGGCGGACACCAGAUACAUCUCUAUCGUCAGACAUCCAAUGGAUCAGUUUGUGUCAGCUUUUGAAUACUAUGGCCCUGGACAGCACGUCACUGACGCGUUCUGGGGGCUUAAAGACCACCAAUCUAUUGUCAAUGGCUUUCUGGAUAAUCCGUGGGAUUUUGAAGACAAAGAUGUCGUGAUGAGUCAUACCCUCAACUCUCUGGCAUACGACUUCGGUUUCACGGACGAAAUGAUUCAGAACAAAACUAGUCGUUUUCUCUACUUGACACAGAUGGCAGAAGAUUUCCAGCUGGUGAUGGUAAUGGAACAUUUCGACGAGUCACUGGUGCUUCUAAAGCGGUACUUUUGUUGGAGCACUAAAGAUAUUUUGUACUUACCCAAAAACAAGAAUGAAAAAAAGAAAAGGCUUACAUUCACUGACAAAUAUCGUGAACGUCAUCGCCAGGUGGCAGAGACAGAUUACGACAUCUACGCCUACUUCCGGUCACUUUUCUGGAGGAAGGUUUGGGAAGAGGGUCCGUCGUUCCACUCCGAGGUGGCGCACUUCAAAUAUGUCAACUCAGUCGUCACUGAUCACUGCCUCUUGAACAAAACUCUCCAUGUGGCGGCAAGUCCCUGGGAUGAACCCUACACGGUCAACUGGAUGGAUUGUCACUACAUAAACAGCAACGAACUCGACCUGUAUGACGUCAUUUACAACAGCACGGUGGGCAGGACACAGCAGUAGGGUCCAGUAACACCUGAGAGAGAGAGAGAGAGAGAGAGAGAGAAGGGGGGGGGGGGGGGGGGGGGGGGGGGUUAAAAGAUCGUACAUGGAACAAUCUUAGUUGACCUGUAUUACACAAGCACUAAGUCAUGGGCAUUCAUGCAAUAUUAAUCUAUAAUGAGCUGUAACAGGUGGCAUGUCCCUUAAUCAUCUAAUAGUACUUUUGGUGUUUGACGUCAGUGCGCCAACUGUGCUAGACGAUAAGGUUUUACUUUAAUGUUUAAACUUUAACUUACAUUUUGUAUGCUGAUGUAAAUUAUGUAUAUCUGUGUGUACAUGUUUGUAAACGUAUGCACGUAAAGGUCGGUGUGUGACAGUGUGCGAUUACAAGUAUCCUUGGUUACAUCCUCUGGAGUUGUAUAUAAUUGUAAAAUGUCAGGUUAUCUUCAUUUUCCGCAUAGACGACAUUGAUUGAUUUGACAUAGUACAUUGCAGUCAGCAGAUUAAUAUAGAAACCUGAACGAGCUUUCGCGAGUUCGAUACAAGAACCCUUCAAGAGUGUCAUCAACUUUGUAUUACACGGGAGCUCGUUUAGUAUUUUGUUUAUUACUUGCCGUUUAAAACUGUUUAAAACCUCAUUUGAUGGAAACAAAAUCAAUGGAAACACUUCAUCAUAUUUUCAAAUUCAUUGUUUUGCCUUAAGGCACUUAAAGUGUUUCGUCAUAUAUCCUAUAAUCCUCGACUUCUUAGACCUUUUCAAUCUUUCAACUGGCCAAUGUGACAUCUCUUUUGCUGGUUGCCAAGUCACGUAGGCAUCUUGACAAACCGUUUUCCCCACUCCAUAUUCCGUAUAGUGAUUUCAAACCAACCAUCAAAACUUAUACCCGGGAAGAUAUGCAAAACUGGUGGGACACCCAUGUAGGAAUUAAUAAACUUAAAUUUAAACCAACAAUCGGUCAUACCUUCUUGGGUUGUCAGUCAAGACAUGAUAUCACACAAAUAUCUGCUUAAGACACAUGAGGACGAACCUCCUAAGUGUAUCCCUUGUGAUGAAAGGUUCACCGUCGAGCAUAUAUUGCAAUAGCAAGGGAUUCACAUUAUCAAAUAGUAGAUCUGAAAGAUCUCUUUUCCCGUUACGCGGGCAUCUAAUCUAAGCUACACGAAAGAAAUUGGUCUGUAUAAUAAAUUGAAAUAUGUAUGUGAGUAACUAAAUGUUUGUUUAUAAAAUUGGUGUGAUGCUUCUCUCAACAAAGAUUAUCGAAGGCUCUGCCCAGGAAGUUAAAGUACCGUAAAGAGAUUGCUCACCCCCCCCCCCCCCCUCACUCAGUUGAUCGAACUAUGGGAAUUCCCGCCAUAAACGAUGAAUACAAUAUGUCACUGUCGGGUGUGAAUAUGCAGACAUCGACGCGAUCCACUGUAUAAUCCAUUUGACUUCAACAGAAUUAUGCAAACACAUCGAAAGUUGACAUGUAUUAAUUAGUCACAAUAGAACCCCAUGACGUAAUUUGUGAAAUCUUAUUGCAAGAUUGACCCGCACAACAUGGCCCUGUGACGUCAUCCUAGCACACAAGGUCGCAUCGGCAGUACAAAAGCACGCGCUUUGGCAUCAAACGAUGUUUCAUUCAGAUGUAUUUUUAUUAAGGGGAUACCUCUUGACGGAUGGGUAA